AUGUCAAGUUUCUAAAACAGAGUUCAAUCAUUGUAGUGUGAAGAAGCUAAUCAUGAUAACAAACCGAUUUCAUUGAUUUGUUUUAACAAGAACUGUUAAAAAAGGAAAGUUUGUUUAACUUGUGUCGAGGAAUUUCAUAAAGAUCAUAAAUAGGAAUUGGCAUCGUUAGAAGAUGUUGAAGCAUUUAUCAAAAAUAAUUAAAUCAAAUAAAGAGGAACAUUCUAAUGCAAUGAUAUCUUAGGAAGGUUCGAUGAAUUUAAAAAUGAUGUCCUCAGCCAAUUAAAAGUGUUGGAAUUCAUUUUAAAGGAAAAAGUACUUCAAUUAUUUCGCAAUUUGAAUAAUACAGAUAAUAAAUUAUAGCAAAUAGGCGAUGACUGUGAAAAUGACCUCAAUGAUCUAUAAAGCAAAUGCAAUUAAUAAAUUGAGGAAUUUAAAAGUGAAUGGAAUAAAAAACUCAAUUAAUUUAAAUCUAUUCUUACUCCAAUCCAUAUUAAUUUAAAGAGAUUCGAAAAAUUAAGCGAAAAGGAAAUAGAUUUGACCCCAUAAUAGGUAAAUAUUAAUGUUUUGUACCCGAAACACACAAUUAAAUUAACUAAAUUGAAUAUAUCAUUGCUAUAAAAAGCUUUUCACGAUAAAUAAAUCGAAUUAGAAUUCUCAAUAUUCAAAAAUAUGAAUUUGUAAGAAAAAUUACAUAGUUGGAAGGUUAUUAUAAAUCAUAAUGAAAUGAAAAUUGAAAAAAACACAUAUCAAAUUUAAAUGCCAGAUCAUAUAUAUUUAAAAGAAGGAGAAUGCUACAGUUUGGAAAUCAAAAGUAAUUAAGAUGUUAAAUUUAACUUAUCAAAUGAACAAAGUUUGGAAAAUCAACUUAUUGGGUUUUAAUAAACUGAUUAUGAAAAUGCAUCUUUCAAAACUGAUUAAAAAAUAACAAUCAUCAGUUAAAGUGCAAGUGGAUUAUUAGUAUCUAUUGAGGCAUUUUUAGAAUGA